UCGAUUUUUCCCGCUCACCCGCAGAAGUUGGAUUCAACAUGGCCCCAGUAUUUAACCUGCUGUGGGUGCUUAGCCUCCUUCCUGCGAAUGUCGCUGUUGCGCAAACGGCCCCCAUAGCCGACGUAGGUUACGCAAAAUAUCGCGGAACACAAAACACUACCCUCGGCGUCAACACAUUCUUUGCCCUUAAAUUUGCCGAAGCACCAGUCGGAGCCCUGCGUUGGAAAGCUCCGAAGCCAAUCGAGGAUUCAAAGAACUUCACAACUGGUAUUCUGGAUGCUACGACUGCGGGACCGAGUUGCGUACAAGGCUAUCCCUACUGGAUCUUACCCAACCCAGGAAGGCCUGCAGGUUCUGAAGAUUGCCUCCACUUGAACGUAGUCACACCUUCGAAUGCCACUUCAACCUCAAAAUUACCUGUGCUUGUUAACAUCCACGGGGGUGGAUACACAUUGGGAGAUGGGAAUUCGAUCCAGCCCUAUGCACUUGUUCGGCAUUCCAAUAAUAGCAUUAUUGUAGUAAAUAUCCAGUAUCGGCUUGGUUCAUACGGGUUCAUGGGUUCGAAAAAGUUUUCCCGCGCCGGAGGGGCCACGAACCUGGGAUUACUCGAUCAGCGGCUAGCUAUUGAGUGGGUGCAGAAACAUAUCUCUACCUUCGGAGGAGACCCAAAGAAGGUUACAAUCAUGGGAGGAAGCGCAGGAGGAGGUAGCGUAACAAGCCAAAUGAUCCUAUAUGGAGGUGUCCGGAAACCGCCUUUCCGGGCCGCAAUCGCCGAGUAUCCGUGGUGGCAGCAAUUUUUGAGAGACCAGCAGUUGGAAAAGCAGUAUAAUAAUCUGCUUUCAGCAGCUAACUGCACGAAUAUGUCCUGCCUCAGAGAAAUGUCUGAGGAUGCACUUGCGUUAGCCACUCAAGCAACGUACGCGAAAGGGUACGCAGAUGAGGCGUAUGGAUAUGGCAACUUCUACUAUGGGCCUUCGGUUGAUGGAUAUGUUAUCCAAGAUCUACCGAAUGAGGAGUUCAAAGCAGGCCAUUACACCAAGGUCCCGCUGCUCAUCGAUCGAGACCAGUAUGAGGGUUUCGUGUUCACCAAUCAGUCUAUCACAACGACGGCUGAGGAGACGAGAGACAUGCGCGUGCAAUUCCAGUACGCAGAUGAUACAUUCAUGCAGCAGCUGUACAAUCUCUAUCCUGCGUCAGCGUUCAAUUCGACAGUUUGGCAGCGGCAAACUUGGUUCGGGGAUUUUAUCAUCAACUGUCCCACCUACUUCGUUGCUUCGGCCCUUACUUUAACUGGCCAAAAGGUAUGGAAAUUAAUUUUUAACGCGGGGUCACAGGAGCAUGGGGCUACUGGCCCUUAUCUCUUUGACAUUAACUACAACUCUUCUCCGAGCGCAAACGUAACAUUAGCGAAUAUCAUGAAAGAUUGGUUUAUUUCGUUCAUCAUUCAUACUGAUCCAAACACGCAAAGCUGGAGCGGCGUUCAGAAGCCGAGCUGGCUUCAGUACCAAGCAGAAGCCAACAUAAUGGACGUCAAUUACACCCAGGUGGGAGUACUGAGCGACAGAUAUUUUGACAAAAGCGAAAGGUGUGACUUCUUUUCUGAAAAUGGUGCCAUUAUCCAAAAUCGUUAACCGGUGUUGGGGAAGUAUUUGCUUAUCAGCACUCCCGGGAAGCCUCAGAAUUUGUAUGCAGUUAGUAGGAGAUCUAUGCAGAGGCUAUAAGCUGUAAGAUAUCAUACACACAAUAGAAUGAAUAAACCG